AAUGACCCAUCAGCUGUGCUACAGUGCAAGGAGCAUGCUGAUAGGAGAAUAGAGCAGAAUAGGACCAGGGGCGGACUGACAACUCAUGGGGCCCCCAGGCAAGAGGGGAUCAUGGGGCCCCUGUGUCCUUGCCCAAACUCAAAAAAGCCUAUGAAAAAGGUACCAGGGGCAUCUUAUGGGGCCCCCUACUGACCCCGAGCCCUCGGGCAGUGCCCGAGUUUCCAAAUGGUCAGUCCGCCCCUGGAUAGGACUUGUA